AUGUUUCCUCGCAAGGGGAAAGGAGCGAGCAUACAGCCAUUUACACAACUCUUUCGAGUGGUCAGCCUCGUACACGAAGCCUUGUCAACUGACAUGCCAUUGACGAAACGGGAUAUGUAUUACAAGGAUGCCGUAGUUGACAAACUGGUCGAUGACCUCGCCGCGACCCUUGGUGUCGGCCGAGCUGACCUGAACGUCCGUGCCUCGGCCAAAGGACUUGUAUGUGGGUCAAAACUAGUCAUCCACCUCGACGGAGGGGAUGCCAUACAAGCGAACGACUCCGAGGGCACACUGAUACCAACCGGCGAAGACAUCGCACAAUUUGAGGUAGAUGACUCGCUAUCAUGGGUCCUCAUCGUCGAGAAGGAGGCGGUCUUCCAAACCCUGUGUCGGACCUGGGCUCAUCAUCACGGUGCUCGUCCUUCCCCUUGCCCUUCCUCGCACCUGACGUCUAUAGGGCAAGGGUACCCGGACGUGGCGACCCGGCAGCUCGUCAAGACGCUGUCCGACAACCUCCCGUCCUACAUACCCAUACUGGCGCUUGUCGACGGCGACGCCUACGGGCUGGACAUCCUCUCCGUGUACCGCUUCGGCAGCGCGCAGAUGCAGCAUGAGCGGGAGAGCCUCGCUGCCGCGCGGGUGCGCUGGCUGGGGAUCUGGACGAGCGAGCUGGCGGGGCUGGACAUCCCCAAGGACGCGCUUAUACCGAUUACGAAGCAUGACGAGAAGAAGGCACUGAGUAUGCUGCGACGUAGUGGCCUCCCGAAGAAGUGGCGGAAGGAGCUCCAGUACAUGCUGCAUAACCGGCGCAAGGCGGAGAUUGAGAUCCUUUCAAGUGUACAAAGGAAGGCAACUAUGCCUGGCUUCGUGGACAAGACUCUAACCACCCACCGGUGA